AUGCAGCUCCCGGGCCACAGCCAGCGCAGCAUUGUGUGUGCAUUCUUGGUGCUUGGCCUUGUGAAUUUGUCGCUGGCAUCAUUGGGCGACCGGCUCCCGGAUUUUCGCGAGUGUGUGAAGGUCUGCAUCGAGGAGAAUUGUGAUACCGGCCAGGGUACAUUGCCUCUGCAUCUGCGACUGCUGUUCUGGAAUUGCCCAUCGGAGUGUGACUACACUUGCCAGCAUGUCAUCACCGACCGACGCAAGGCGCGCGAUCCGCCCAUGAUUGAGCCGGUGGUGCAGUUCCACGGCAAAUGGCCGUUCUAUCGCUUCUUGGGCAUUCAAGAACCCUUUUCCGUGCUCUUCUCGCUGCUGAAUUUUCUGGCCCACCGCGAGGGCAUGGCCCGGCUCCGCGAGAAGAUCCCGGCGCACUACCCUCUUCGACCGUACUACUUGGGAUUUGGCUAUUUCGGAUUGGCAAGCUGGAUCUUCAGCAUGAUCUUCCACACGCGAGACUUCAACGUGACGGAGAAACUGGACUAUUUCGCCGCCGGCGCCAGCGUUCUCUACGGGCUGUACUAUACUCCCAUCCGGGUCUUCCGGCUCGACCAAGACGACCCCGUGAAGAAGAGCAUCCUGCGCAUCUGGACGGUGCUGUGCGUUCUGCUGUACGUGGCGCAUAUCACGUACCUCACGGCCUGGAGCUGGGACUAUACUUACAACAUGGCGGCCAACGUUGUGGUGGGCAUCGUGCAGAAUAUCCUGUGGAGCUGGUUCAGUGUGUCGCGGUAUCGCAGGCUGCAGAAGUCAUGGGCAGCGUGGCCUGGGAUGAUUGUUGCUUGGAUCAUCAUGGCCAUGAGCCUGGAGCUGUUUGAUUUUCCUCCAUUGGGCGGCAUGAUCGAUGCCCACAGUCUCUGGCACCUAGGGACGGUGGUCCCCACGAUUUGGUGGUACAGCUUUCUCGUCAAGGAUGCUCAAGAAGACCUGUCCAGCCAACGAUUGAAAGCAUGA